AUGGAAAAGCAGCUUAAAGAAGCAGGUUUCGAUAUACAGCUUGUUAGGCCAACAGUUGGUCGUCCAAGUUUAGAAGAAGCAUGGCUAGGUUUAUUAGAGGCUAUUGUUCAGAUUGUUUAUUCAGAUAGACAGGCUGAUGAAAGAUGGCAUUUAGAAUUAAUACGAUCCGUCAAGACUUUAGACCAGCUCCAAAAAGCAUUGACAAAUAUGAACUAUAAAUUGUCAUGCUCUGUGACAUAUCUUAGGCUAAUUUCAAGACGGCAUAAUAGCAAAGAAGGAAAGCGACACAUUAAAACGCCGCGGCCAACAAACAAGUUGAAAUAUCGAGUAGAACUGCCGGAUCAUGAUUGGGUUGUUGCUGAAAGGCAUAAACUGAUCCCUUCAGUUUAUGCAGUAUUAGACGUACAAGAAGGUAAAUAUGAACAAGCUGAAGCAAUAACAUAUUCAGGCCCAACGUUUAUAAGAAUUCAUAGUGGUAAACAUGAUAGUAGUACUGCUUACCAAAGACUUCGAUGA